AUGGCCCGGCUCGCGGACUACUUCGUGCUGGUGGCGUUCGGGCCGCACCCGCGAGGGAGUGGAGAAGGCCAAGGCCAGAUCCUGCAGCGCUUUCCAGAGAAGGACUGGGAGGACAAUCCGUUUCCCCAGGGCAUAGAACUGUUCUGCCAACCUAGUGGGUGGCAGCUGUGUGCCGAACGGAACCCCCCAACGUUCUUCAUUGCCGUCCUCACUGACAUCAACUCCGAGCGGCACUACUGUGCCUGCCUGACCUUCUGGGAGCCUGCGGAGCCCCCCCAGGAUGCUGUAUGUGCCAAGGACGCUAAGGGGACAGAAGAGGUGGUGGACGAAGGUGUCCCCACGCGCCUGUCGUCUGCCGUCCCCAGCCAGCUGUUUGCUCCAAAGACGUUGGUGCUGGUGUCGCGGCUGGACCAUGCAGAGGUGUUCAGGAACAGCCUCGGGCUCAUCUACACCGUCCACAUCGAGGGCCUGAGUGUCUCCCUAGAGAGUGUCAUUGGCAACCUGCUGACCUGCACCAUCCCUCUCACGGGGGGCUCGCAGAGAACCAUCUCUCUGGGUGCAGGUGACCGGCAAGUCAUCCAGACCCCUCUCACCGACUCGCUGCCUGUCAGCUGCUGCAGUGUGGCCCUACUCUUCCGCCAGCUUGGCAUCACCAACGUGCUAGCCUUGUUCUGUGCGGCCCUCACUGAACACAAGAUCCUCUUCCUGUCCCGGAGCUACCAGCGGCUGGCCGAUGCCUGUCGGGGCCUCCUGGCCUUGCUGUUCCCCCUCCGGUACAGCUUCACCUACGUGCCCAUCCUGCCAGCACAGCUCCUGGAGGUUCUCAGCACACCCACACCCUUCAUCAUCGGCGUGAAUGCGGCCUUCCAGGCAGAGACCCAGGAGCUGCUGGAUGUGAUCAUUGCUGAUCUCGAUGGGGGCACAGUGACUGUCCCCGAGUGUGUACACAUCCCUCUCCUUCCAGAGCCGCUGCAGAGCCAGACGCACAGUGUUCUGAGCAUGGUCCUGGAUCCAGAGCUGGGGCUGGCUGACCUCGCCUUCCCACCUCCCAUGACCUCCACCUCCUCUCUGAAGAUGCAGGACAAGGAACUCCGGGCUGUCUUCCUGCGACUCUUCGCUCAGCUCCUACAGGGUUACCGCUGGUGUCUGCACAUCGUCCGAAUCCACCCUGAGCCCGUCAUCCGCUUCCACAAGGCAGCCUUCCUGGGCCAGCGGGGGCUACUAGAAGACGACUUCCUGAUGAAGGUGUUGGAGGGCAUGGCCUUUGCAGGCUUCGUGUCAGAGCGCGGGGUCCCCUAUCGCACCACGGACCUGUUUGAUGAGCUGGUGGCUCAUGAAGUAGCACGGAUGCGGGCAGAUGAGAGCCACCCCCAGCGGGUACUGCGUCACGUCAAGGAAUUGGCGGAGCAGCUGUAUAAGAACGAGAACCCGUACCCUGCGGUGACAAUGCACAAAGUACAGAAGCCGGCGGAGACCAGUCACCUCCGAAGACCGCAGCGACCCUUCCCCCGGCUGGACGAGGGCACUGUGCAGUGGAUUGUGGACCAGGCUGCUGCCAAGACACAGGGUGCACCCCCAGCUGUGCGGGCCGAGAGGAGGACCACCGUGCCCUCAGGACCCCCCAUGACUGCCAUCCUAGAGCGGAGCAGCGGGUUCCAUGCCAACAGUGCCCGCCGGCUGGAGGUGGUCAGGAACUGCAUCUCCUAUGUGUUUGAGGGGAAGAUGCUCGAGGCCAAGAAGUUGCUGCCCGCUGUGCUGAGGGCCCUGAAGGGCAGGGCUGCCCGCCGCUGCCUCACCCAGGAGCUGCACCUGCAUGUGCAGCAGAACCGGGCUGUGUUGGACCAUCAGCAGUUUGACUUCGUUGUCCGCAUGAUGAACUGCUGCCUACAGGACUGCACCUCCCUGGAUGAGCAUGGGGUCGCCGCUGCCCUCCUGCCUCUAGUCACUGCCUUCUGCCGGAAGCUGAGCUCCGGGGUCACGCAGUUUGCGUACAGCUGUGUUCAGGAGCAUGUGGUGUGGAGCACACCGCAGUUCUGGGAGGCCAUGUUCUAUGGUGACGUGCAGACCCACAUCCGGGCCCUCUAUCUGGAGCCGGCUGAGGACCGUGCCCCCUCCCAGGAGGUGGGGGAGACGCCCCCUCAGGAGGACGAACGCUCUGCCCUGGACGUGGCCUCGGAGCAGCGGUGCCUGUGGCCAACAUUGGGUCGGGAGAAGCAGCAGGAGCUGGUACAGAAGGAGGAGAGCACGGUGUUCAGCCAGGCCAUCCACUACGCCAACCGCAUGAGCUAUCUCCUACUCCCCCUGGAUAGCAGCAAGAGCCGGCUGCUGCGCGAACGCGCGGGCCUGGGGGAGCUGGAGAGCGCCAGCAAUAGCCUGGUCACCAACAGUAUGGCGGGCAGCAUGGCGGGCAGCUAUGACACAGAGAGCGGCUUUGAGGAUGCCGAGACCUCAGAUGUGGCGGGGGCCGUGGUUCGCUUCAUCAACCGCUUUGUAGACAAGGUCUGCACGGAGAGUGGGGUUACCAGCGACCACCUCAAGGGGCUGCAUGUCAUGGUUCCAGACAUCGUCCAGAUGCACAUCGAGACCCUGGAGGCUGUGCACCGUGAGAGCAAGAGACUGCCACCCAUCCAGAAGCCAAAGCUGCUUCGGCCACAUCUGCUGCCUGGCGAGGAGUGUGUGCUCGACGGGCUCCGUGUCUACUUGCUCGCCGAUGGGCGUGAGGCUGGCGCAGGGGGUGGUGCGGGGGGCCCUGCCUUGCUGCCAGCUGAGGGUGCCGUCUUCCUCACUACCUACCGUGUCAUCUUCACCGGGAUGCCCACCGACCCCCUGGUGGGGGAGCAGGUGGUGGCUCGUUCCUUCCCUGUGGCUGCGCUGACCAAGGAGAAGCGCAUCAGUGUACAGACCCCUGUGGACCAGUACCUUCAGGACGGGCUGCAGCUGCGCUCCUGCACAUUCCAGCUGCUGAAGAUGGUGUUUGAUGAGGAGGUGGGGUCUGACAGCGCAGAGCUCUUCCGCAAGCAGCUGCACAAACUGCGAUACCCCCCUGAUGUCAGGGGUACCUUUGCCUUCAUUGGGGGCUCAAUGAACACACCUGGUCGGCCAGCCAGGGCCACCAAGGACAAAGGCCCUUCCCUCAAAACUCUGUCCCGGAACCUGGUGAAGAACGCCAAGAAGACCAUGGGCAGGCAGUACAUCACACGGAAGAAGUACAACGCCCCCAGCUGGGAGCACCGGACCCAGCUGUCCCCUGAAGACCAAGAAGAUGAGAUCUCAGUGUCAGAUGAGCCGGAGCCCAGCACCCUGACCCCCACGUCAGCCCUGAAGCCUGCCGACCGCAUGACCAUGAGCAGCCUGGUGGAACGGGCGUGCUGCAGGGACUAUCAGCGCCUGGGCCUGGGCACGCUCAGCAGCAGCUUGAGCCGCGCCAAGUCGGAGCCCUUCCGCGUCUCCCCCGUCAACCGCAUGUACGCCAUCUGCCGCAGCUACCCUGGAUUGCUGAUCGUGCCUCAAGGUGUCCAGGACAAUGCCCUGCAGCGUGUGUCUCGCUGCUACCGCCAGAACCGCUUCCCUGUGGUGUGUUGGCGCAGUGGGCGCUCCCGGGCUGUGCUUCUGCGCUCCGGGGGUCUACACGGCAAGGGCGUCGUCGGCCUCUUCAAGACCCAGAAUGCACCGUCACCAGGCCAGUCCCAGGCAGACUCCAGCAGCUUGGAGCAGGAGAAGUACCUACAGGCCGUGGUCAGCUCCAUGCCUCGGUUUGCUGACGCCUCGGGGCGCAACACCCUCAGUGGCUUCUCCUCUGCCCACCUGGGCAGCCACGUGCCCAGUCCCCGAGCCAGGGUCACCACGCUGUCCAACCCCAUGGCGGCUUCGGUCUCCAGACGGACCGCGCCCCGAGGGAAGUGGGGCAGCAUCCGGGUCAGUGGGCGCAGCAGUGGCAGCGGCAGUGUUGGUGUGGAUGUAGGCUCCCGAUUGGCAGGGAGAGACGUGCUGGGCCCCCCCCAGCCCAACGGGGCCCCCCCGGACCCAAGCUUCCUGCGGCCCCAGCGUGCGGCCCUCUACAUCAUCGGGGACAAAGCACAGCUUAAGGGUGUGCGGCAGGACCCCCUGCAGCAAUGGGAGCUGGUGCCCAUCGAGGUGCUGGAGGCCCGGCAGGUGAAGGCCAGCUUUAAGAAGUUGCUGAAGGCGUGUAUCCCUGGCUGUGCCACUGCGGAACCAGGCCCAGCCUCCUACCUGCGCUCGCUGGAGGACUCAGAGUGGCUGAGCCAGAUCCACAAGCUGCUGCGAGUGUCGGUGCUGGUGGUAGAGCUGUUGGACUCGGGCUCCUCAGUGCUGGUGAGCCUGGAAGACGGCUGGGACAUCACCACCCAGGUGGUGUCGCUGGUACAGCUGCUGUCGGACCCCUUCUAUCGCACUCUGGAGGGCUUCAGGCUGCUGGUGGAGAAGGAAUGGCUGUCCUUUGGCCAUCGCUUCAGCCACCGUGGGGCCCACACCCUGGCUGGGCAGAGCAGUGGCUUCACGCCCAUCUUCCUACAGUUCCUGGAUUGUGUUCACCAGGUCCAUCUGCAGUUCCCCAUGGAGUUUGAAUUCAGUCAGUUCUACCUCAAGUUCCUCAGUUACCACCAUGUGUCACGGCGCUUCCGCACCUUCCUGCUGGACUCGGACUAUGAGCGUAUAGAGCUGGGCCUGCUGUAUGAGGAGAAGGGGGAGCGGAGGGGCCCCCAGCCCUGCAGGUCCAUAUGGGAGUAUGUAGACCGGCUGAGCAAAAAGACGCCGGUGUUCUACAACUACAUGUAUGCACCUGAGGACACAGAGGUCUUGCGCCCCUACAGCAAUGUGUCCAACCUCAAGGUGUGGGAUUUCUACACUGAGGAGACUCUGGCCGAGGGACCUCCCUACGACUGGGAACUGGCUCAGGGCCCCCCCGAGCCUCCUGAAGAGGAGCGGCCUGAUGGAGGAGCCCCUCAGAGCAGGCGCCGCGUGGUGUGGCCUUGUUACGACAGCCGCCCACGGGCCCAGCCGGACGCCAUCUCUCGGCUUCUGGAGGAGCUACAGCGGCUGGAGACUGAGCUGGGCCGACCUCCUGAGCGCUGGAAAGAUACCUGGGAUCGAGUGAAGGCCGCCCACCGUCUCGAAGGACGUCCAGAUGGGCGUGGCCCCCCUGGCUCCCUGCUGGUGUCCAGUGUGCCGCAGCACCGCCGCUCGCUGGGCGUGUACCUGCAGGAGGGACCCGUGGGCUCCACACUGAGCCUCAGCCUGGACAGCGACCAGAGCAGCGGGUCUACAACGUCCGGCUCCCGCCAGGCAGCCCGCCGCAGCACCAGCACCCUCUACAGCCAGUUCCAGACUGCCGAGAGCGAGAACAGGUCUUAUGAGGGCACCCUAUUCAAGAAGGGGGCCUUCAUGAAGCCUUGGAAGGCCCGCUGGUUUGUGCUAGACAAGACCAAGCAUCAGCUGCGUUACUACGACCACCGGGUGGACACGGAAUGCAAGGGCACCAUCGACCUGGCUGAGGUGGAGUCUGUGGCUCCCGGCACACCCACCAUGGGGGCCCCCAAGACCGUGGAUGAGAAGGCCUUCUUUGAUGUGAAGACGACACGCCGCGUUUACAACUUCUGCGCCCAGGAUGUGCCCUCAGCCCAGCAGUGGGUCGAUCGGAUCCAGAGCUGUCUGUCGGACGCCUGA